AUGGGACUAACUAUUAUAUGCUAUGCUAUUUGGGUAGCAGUUUCUUCUUUGUUUAUUGUUUCAGCGUUCCAGCUAGAAGUUCAUAAAUUUCUCUCCAAGCUGAUCCCUAAAUUCUACCCGGGUGUUUCAAAGUACAAUGUUGCUUCUCUAUCAGCAUUUGUUUCUGAAAAGUCAUUGGAAUUUGCUAGUGUCAAGUUCCUGAUCAUGCUUUUUGCAGACAAGUUAGGAGCUUCUUCUUCUUCUGUCUAUGGUAAAGUAUUUUUUCUGGACAUGUUUGGCUUAGGCUCCUUGCUUUCUUUGAUUGUUGCAAAUGUUAUCGGAGCUUAUCAUCUAGACGAUGUAAACGAAAAACUUUUCUCUUCUAGUACAGUUUCCAGUAAAAGUGGUUUUAUGUUGACAAAGCAUAUUGGUCGACUUUCAGUGAAUGUUGCUUCUGGAUCCAUCCUGCGGUAUCCUUAUAUUUCAUACCUUCCAAAUUGGCUGCUAGCUAAAAAUAAUGCGGAAAGAUUGGUUUACAAGAGCCAUCUGCUUUUGAAUGUCUUCUCUCCAGAUGACAAAUCUAAAAAUCAUCCCGUAGUAUUAUGGGCUUGUGGCCGUAACAAGGCUGAAUCUGUCAUUAUACCGUACCUUGCCUCUCUUGGUUUUGUUGUUGUAGUCCCCAAUUAUGCACAACCUCCUAGAUAUUCCACUUCUGAAUCCGUUUUGUUUAUAAAACUUUGUGUAGAAUGGAUUUCGGAGUGUAUCCACUGCUUCCAUGGUGAUCCCAGUCAGUUAUAUGCUGUAGGUGAAGACACUGGUGCCGCAGUGGUUAUGGAAUGUCUCUCUAAUGAGUUGCCCGCUGACACGAUUCACGGUUUGUUCGCCCUUGCCCCUAGGAAUAACCGGGACUUGCAGUGGUCUAUUAAGCAAUCUGUCCAUACAUUCACUUUGAUUCCUGGAUUUCCAGACAACAAUUCUGAAGACGCUGCUAAACAAACUGACCCUACUUUACACAAAACUAUGAGCCUUGCGGGCACUGUGCCUUAUUUUUAUAAGUUUAGUUCUCCCAGAACGCUUGCAACUGGAGAUUUGAUUGCUGGGUGGCUUAAUCAUAUAAAUACUUCAAAAAAGGUGAACUAA